UUACUAAUUUGAAUGGACUGUGCUGACUAAAGCAGUUUGCAUUGUGACCAGACAAAAUAACCAUAACGUUCUAUCAAAAGCCUCCAACCAUCUAAAUUUCUACAUAAAGCGUGCAAUAAAACUUACAGCAUUCUGACAAUGCAGGAAUUCAAACUAAUCCUUGCAUUUCUUACCGUUGUGUGUACCCAAGCUAUACUAACGAAGCGCGAUAUUUGGAUGGUUGACAAGGGAUAUAACAGGCAUCGCGAACAAUGGAACAAGUACGACUGUAGAAGAGUUUCUUUCUACAAAAAGUGCAGUGGAUUGCAAGGAGGAAUUUUCCAGGGAUACAACGAAAGUUUCCAGCUUUUUAUGUUUCCAACCAGAAGAACACAAUCUUCACAAUUUUCGUCGAAAGGAUGGAUGGCACAAACUUCUCCGUUGCAAAUCUACUUCAACCGGAGACUAUGUUGUUUUGGCUGGAAACAAGUAUGGCAAUCCUAUAGCUCUCGGUACAGGAUCAGUCAGUCAGGUAAUUCGAUGUAAUAACAGAGGAAAGUGGGUUGCACGCGUGGGCCAUGGAAAGUGGAUUAGAGUAAAGGACGCCUUCUGCUAUCUCGUUCCCAAGCGCUUCGAAUGAAAUUUGAAAACAUCGAUGCAA